AUGCCUUCACGUAUUCAUCGUAUUUUAUUUAAAAAAAAAUACGAUCAAAUUCCAGCUCGACAUCGUAUUACUACAGAUAGUGGUGAAGUAACUGAUGUUGAACGACGUGGGGCAUUUGUAAGUGAGAUAAAUAAAAUUUUAUCUAUACAAUCCAUGGAAGAAAACCACUUACUACCACCAGUUAUACUUCAACUGAUGCGUCUUCGAUUUCCAAAUGAUCUUGACAAAGAUAAACCUCUCGAAGACGCACUUGAUGUAUCUAUUGAUAAAUUUGUUCAAUGGACAAAGGAUGUGAAAUGA